CAAAAAAAAAAAGGUAUACAUUGAAAAUUAAUUAAGAAUAAAACUGUGAAAAAUACACGAACAAAUAAAUAAAUAAAACAAACUUAACUAUGAAUAUAUAACAAAAAUGAAAUAUAAAUAUAAUAUAACAGUAAAAAUAAAGUCAACAAAGUUAUAUAAAAAAAUAUCAAAAAUAAAAGACUUCAUUAAACCGUAUAUAAAUAUGAAUGGGCAGUAUUUUUACUUCCUGUCAUGUAAUCGGUAAAAGUUUUUAUGUUACAAAAACAAAAUAAAAGAAACAAUAAUAAUAGCAUAAAAUCAAAAAAGAAAAGGAAGAGAAAAAAAAAACAAUAAAAAAAAAAAACAAAAAAGAGGUGAAAUGGAAAUAUUUUGGAGGCGAUAUCUUUUAGUUGCUUGGAAUAUAAUUUUUCAAUAUUUGAAUUUUGUUAAUGGAUAUCUAGACAUUUUUAUUGCCCAUAAAGAGUUCCAUAAAUUAAUAGGAUUAGAAGCAGAUUUAUUUUAUGUAAAAAAUGGUGCUGUCAAUAGUUUUGCAAUACAAUUUCGUGUUCCGGUUAAAGCUGAUCAUUUUGAUAUACAAUUUUCAUGGCAAAGUUUAACAACAUUUCCGUUACCAUAUCGAAUAUCAGUUGAAUAUGAAAUUAAUGCCACAAAUGCAAUUGGAUCACCACAAAUAAGUAUACCAACUGAAGGUUAUGUACCACAACAAGUUGAAACUUUUACUAUUAAUUUACCAUGUACUGGUAAAGUAACACUUGAAGUUCCUUUUACAAUACAUAUGUUUGUUAAAGGACCGCCGCGUCAUAAUGACACGAAAUUGGAUUUAAAAAGAAAUAAAAAUUGUACAAAAGGGUUUCAAGCACCACCUAAAAAAUUUAUUCAAGCACCAGUUCCUGCUCCGGCAUCAGCACAUUCACCUUCUUCAGCUCAGGCGCCAUCACAAGGACCUGAAUUAUUGGGUGCAGCUGCUUGUGCAAUGGGUUUAAUAUUAGUUGUUGCAUUAAUUGCUAGUGCAAUGUAUGUUCGUGCUAGAAAACAAAUUCGUCAGGAUUCAUUACAAACUAGUUUUACUACAGCCGCUUAUGAUAGUCGUCAAAAUGUUUUUAUACGCUUAGAUCCAUUAGGACGUCCACCAAGUGCAAAUAGUGGAUCAUAUGCAACAAUAGCUAGCUUAAAUAAAUUUCCAUUAACAGAAUCAAAAAAAUCAUGGUUUCGGAAUACAGGUUCAACACCAUCACCAUAUGCAACAGCAUUACUUCCAACAUCUGAUCAAAUUGCUGAAACAAUAUAUUCAAAACCAGAAUCAGUCUGCCCAUCUAUGAUAUCAUAUUAUGCAUCAUCACAAGUAACUCAAUUAUUAUCAACACCAAAAAGUAUACGUAAUAAUGGAACUUAUGAAGCUAAGGAAAAACUUCGACGUAUACCAAAUAUACAACCUGGUAUGCUAACAUGUGAAACAUUAAUUAAAGAAGGAACUUAUGGGAGAGUCUAUUGUGGUAAAUUGGGUGACUCGUGUAAUGUUUUAAUAAAAACAGUUGUUGAUGGUGCUUCUUUAACACAAGUUGCAUGCUUAAUUGCUGAUGCUUCAUUAUUAAUUGGUAUUAGCCAUCAAAAUAUUUUAACACCAAUGGUAGCAAAUACUGAAUUACCCGGUCCACCUGAAAUUGCAUAUCCAAAUCCUCUAAAGGGUAAUUUAAAAUUAUAUCUUGAAAAUGCUAGAGAAUUAAAUUCACAAUUAAGUACACGAGUUUUAGUUGAUUUUGCAAUUCAAAUAACAAAAGGAUUGGCACAUUUGCAUUCAUUAGGUAUAAUUCAUAAGGAUAUUGCAACUAGAAAUUGCUUUCUGGAUGGUGAAAAUGUAGUUAAAAUAAGUGAUAAUGCAUUAUCGAAGGAUUUAUUUCCAGAUGAUUAUCAUUGUUUAGGUGACAAUGAAAAUCGUCCAAUUAAAUGGAUGGCAUUAGAGACAUUACAACAAAAAUUUUAUUCAACAUCAAGUGAUAUAUGGAGUUUAGGUGUUUUAUUUUGGGAAUUAGCAACAUUAGCUGCAAUACCAUUCGUUGAAGUUGAUCCAUUUGAAUUGGGUCCAUAUUUAAGAGAUGGUUUUCGUUUAGGGCAACCAAUUAAUUGCCCUGAUGAAUUCUACACCGUUAUGUCAUGUUGCUGGUUAGCUGAUUGUAAACAAAGACCAUCAUUUCCACAGCUUACUGCCUAUUUACAGGAUUUUUAUGAAGACUUAGGAAAAUACAUUUAAAAAGCAGUAAAAUAAUAAGAUUUUCUAAUCUACUCUAUAAUUAUUUUGUGCAAUUUUACGAAUUUAUUAUUGAUAAAUUUAAAUUUGUUUUUUUCUUUUAUAUUACGCCAACAAGCAACAUUUUUUUUUAUUUUCAAAAUAGUUCCACAUGAUUGUAAAUAAUAAAAUAAAUUAAUGUUAGUUAUUAUAUUGAAAACUAUAAGAAAAAAUCAAAAAAAAAAAAAUAUUAAAAAGAAAAACAAAUUAUACCUUAAACCUAAAACAUUUCUCCUAAUAAUUAUACAAAAAACAAAAACUGUCACACAUCGAUUGUCAAUCAAAUUGUAAAUUAGUGCGGAAGAAAAUUGAAAAAUAAUCGAAAUGAAUCGAUUUGUCAAAAUUGAUUUUUCCUAAAUUGAGUGAUAAUUAAUAAUUAAAAUUAGCGUCAUUGCAAAGUAAUCAAACUAUACCCAAAUGAUUUUAAUUCAAAUACAGUAGAACAUCCAUAAUUCAAACCACAUUAAAUUUCAAAAAUAAAUUCAAAUUGGUAUAGUGUGAAAGUAAGGAACGCAUGUAGGUAGGAAGUGAAGUAUUUUAUAGUAUUAAAUCAAUAAAAAAUACUAAUACAUAUAUGUUCCAUUUAAAUUUAAUUCGAAGUUCACGUAAGACAAGUUUCACUGUAUCUUGUGUGAAUAAUUUCUAUUCAAAAGUGUAUUGAAUUAUAUGACAUACAAGGUAAAAUAUUUUAAAUUUUAAUAAUUCAAAUAAAUAAAUCAAAAACAGGAAUAAUUAAACAUUAUUUUUAACAUCAAUCAAGUUACAA